UCCGAUGUGAGAGUUUUUUGCGCGCUUGAGCAGCAGUCUCACCGCCGAAAGAAUCACGAGCGGUAGUAGUUGGACAACAAGCCGCCACCGAUGCCGCAAUUUCCGUAGCAACUUUACCCUCCCUCUCACUCCCUCCCUCCUUCAGGAGCUGCUGAAGCGUGGCGCGUGCGAGGGGCGCGAGCGGCUGCGGCGCGUGCGGCUGAGCGCGGAAAGAGCCGGAAGGCACACAGCAGCGGCGGGCUGCGAGUUGAUGGAUGGAGAAGUGGCGGCACUGGCUCGAGCAAUGCACUAGUGGGAGAGAGCUUCGCUACGAGCUCGAGACGGCCGUGGCCGCGGCGACAGAGGCCGAGAAAGAGCAGACACGGCUGACAGCGCAGCUGGACGGAGAAAUGGAGAAGCUGGAGGGCCAGCUGAAGGAGUGGAGCGAGGGACUGAGCAGCGCCGAGCGGAGGAAUAGCGGAGCUGCUGCGGUGGAGGGAUGGACGGUCGCCAAGGGUGUUCUGGAGGGGCUUCAGACAGCUGAAGUUAUGGAGGAGAAGCUGAAGGCGCAGCUCAAUGAGCUGUGUGGGUUUUCCAGUGAUCUGGGUCCACAGUCGGACAGAGUCAGCGCUCUUAUUAAGCUACACAACAGCCUAAGCCUACGAGCCUCCCGGGAAUGUCAGAAUACAGAGAAACUGCUGGAACAACGCUUCCGUUCUUCUCUGCAUGACUUUCGGCAGUGGAUGGUCAAUGCCAACAUCUCUACCGCUAAAUGCUUUGACUCCCCUCAUAGCAUCUGGGAUGCCUACAUUUCUCUCCAGCAGAUCCAGGACUUCAAAAGUGACAAGGAGCAGGGCCAGACCAGACUGAACACUGUCCUGACCUGUGCAGAGCAGCUUAGUAGCGUGGUGCCUGCCGAAAGAGUGGAGGCGAUCAGGACCAAAGAAAAUGCAGCCAAAGAUGACUGGAAGAGCCUGAUGGACAGCUUAGAGAGAAGAGAGACGGCCUUACAGGUCUUGCAGUCUCAGAUGCAGGACUUUGAGGCAAGUGUGGAACCACUUCAAGACUGGCUGAACAGGACUGAGAUCAGUGUGCAAGAGAGCAGCGCUCGCCUCCACGACCUGCCGGCCAAGAGACUAGAGCUCUCCAAACUUCAGACAUUGCUAGAGGAGAUGCACUCCAGAGAAUCUGAACUGACAGAGCUGAGAGGGCGAGCACAUGGCCUCUGGGAGGGUCAGGGUGCUGGGAAGAGCUUUGUGCAUCGGGUCUGCCAGCUAGCUGCAUGCUACUUGGCCCUGAGCAACCUGAUUAAGGAGAAAGUGUCAAGGGUAGAACGAGUGGUGGGGGAGCAUCAGCUUUUUUCACAGGGCCUUCAGGAACUUCAGAACUGGGUUUCGGAGUCCCAACAGAUCCUCAAGACCUGCAGAUGCCCCACAUCUGACAAGAGUGUGCUUAUCACCAGAAUGGGCCAGCUCGAGACUUUACUGGCGGCUUGUCAGAGGAGAGAAAUCCAACAGAAGAUGCUCAUCACCAGAGGAGAGUCUGUCCAGAGGAACACCUCGGCUGAGGGUGUACCAGUGGUUCGCAAGCAGAUCCAGGACCUCAAAGACUCCUGGGAAUCACUCUUGUCAACAUCCAUACAGUGCAAGAGCCAGCUGGAAGGUGCCUUGUCACACUGGACAAGUUACCAGGAAGAUGUCAGUCAGUUUGAGUGCUGGAUGGAGCAAGUAGAAGAGAGCCUCGGAAACUCAGAUAAACACUACGCUGAAAUGAGGGACAAGACAGCCAAUCUAGGCCGUGCCAAACUCCUCUAUGAGGAAGUUCUUAGCCACUCUAGCCCUUUAGAGACCAUUACGACCAAGGGUUUCAACAUGACUGAACAUACGGCCACCCAACGGGAGAUCCAGAAACUCAGUGAGAGAUAUACAGCCAUUAAAGAUAAGGCCAAGGCUGCUGUCAGUAAGGCAGAAGAAUUGGUUUUGCUCCAUCAAGAAUACCAGCGAGGGCUGCACAUGUUUGAAGACUGGCUGGAGCAGGAGCAGAACAGUUUGGCCCUCCUCACACCUCUGGAUGAAGAUGUAAAUGCUCUGGAGAACACGUUAAAAGAACUACAGAUGCUCCAGUCACAUUGCUCUGAGGGACAUAACUUGCUCCGCUCAGUUCUUGCCAGUCGAGAAAGAGUAAUUCCAUGGGGUUCCCCUCAAAUAGAGGAUCGGGCUCUGGAAACAGCACAGACAGAGUGGCAGGGUUACCAAGACCAACUCGGCGAGACCAAAGUCCAGGUAGAGCAGGUCCUUGAAAGGGUUCAGGAACUAGAAGGUUUAUUCCAAAGCUUAGACCAGUGGCUGGUUGACAUGGAGCUCAAAGUUAAAGUGAGAAGCCAUCGUUGCUCUGAUGUCACUGCGAAGGAGGCACAGCUACAACACCUGAAGCGGUGGCAGCUUGAGGCUGCCCAGCAUCAGGCUGAAGUGGAAGGCCUUAGUACUCUUGCACAGCAUGACAUAGAAGAUGCUCAUGUACGUGGUCGGAUCAGUACCAGGGUUACCCAGCUCAGUGCCCGCUACCAUGCCUUGCUCCUACAGAUACAGGCAAGUUCAGCCUUGUACAUUAGCAAUUCUUAUGCAUUAGAUUAUUUCAGGAAAUUAUACAGCAUCAUUCAGUAA